GCUAACUAGGUGACGCAUAAUCAGCGCUGCUCUCAUUCGCGCACUGUUGUCUCCGUCCAUUGACACCUUUCUUUUGACCUCACCUUUCACUCAUCACUCAUUUACAUAGAAAGAUCUACUCACCGUCACCAUGGAACCCGAGAACGCCGACAGACAACUUAACCAACGACAACCCGAAGAUCCUCGAUACCUCAACUUCAAGCACUCACAGCCUGGCUCUGGCCUGAACAAGUUCUCCUCGACACUCACUCGCGAACAUGAUUUCCCCGCUGCCCAGGCCAUGCUGUAUGCAGCGGGCGUACCAAAUGAGAAAGCCUUGAAGACUUACCCUCAAGUGGGCAUUGCGAGCGUUUGGUGGGAAGGCAAUCCAUGCAAUACACAUUUGCUCGAUAUUGGGAAAGAGGUCAAGAAGGCAAUCGAGAAGCAAGAGAUGCUGGGAUGGCAAUACAACACAAUAGGUGUCAGUGAUGGCAUUACCAUGGGUGGAGAGGGCAUGAGAUUCUCCUUGCAAAGUCGAGAGAUUAUUGCAGACAGCGUGGAGACUGUCACCUGUGCACAGCACCACGAUGCUUGCGUUGCCAUUCCCGGUUGCGACAAGAACAUGCCGGGCGUCGUCAUGGGUUUUGCGAGGCACAACCGACCCUCGAUCAUGAUCUAUGGCGGGACGAUCAAUCCGGGCUAUUCUAAACUUCAAGAACGUACUGUCAACAUUGCGACAGUACUUGAAGCCCACGGAGCUUAUAUUUACGAUAACUUAAAGAAUCCCAAGAAGCCAGAGCAAACCAAGGACGAUCUAUUGACCGAUCUCGAGCGAACCUCAUGUCCUUCGCAGGGUGCGUGCGGCGGCAUGUUUACAGCCAACACCAUGGCCAUGGCAAUCGAAACGAUCGGUCUUUCGCUUCCUGGCUCUUCGUCGACACCUGCGACUUCGCCUGCCAAGAUGCGAGAAUGCGCCAAGGUGGCGGAAGCCAUCAAAGUCUGCCUCGAAAAGGACAUCAAGCCACGCGAUUGCCUCACGAAGAAAGCCUUCGAGAAUGCUAUGACGAUGAUGAUGGCCCUCGGUGGCUCGACGAAUGGUGUCCUCCAUCUCCUGGCCAUGGCUGGCACUGCGGAACUCGAACUUACUCUGGACGACUUUCAGCGCAUCUCCGACAAAGUCCCUUUCAUUGCUGACAUCGCUCCUUCUGGAAAGUACUUGAUGGUAGAUCUCUACGAAAUUGGCGGUAUUCCUUCUGUUCAGAAGUUACUCAUCGCGGCUGGUUUGCUCGACGGCAGCACGAUCACGGUCACGGGCAAGACUUUGGCAGAGAACGUGGAAAGCUGGCCUUCGUUGAAGCAGGGACAAGAUCUCAUUAGACCUAUCGACAAGCCAAUCAAAGCAACAGGGCAUUUGGAGAUCUUGCGAGGUAACUUGGCACCCAAUGGGGCUGUGGCCAAGAUUACGGGCAAAGAAGGCAUGAAAUUCGUGGGCAAAGCACGUGUGUUCAACAAGGAGCACGAGCUGGACGAUGCGUUAAAUAAAGGUGAAAUCCCGCGAGGCGAGAACCUCGUUCUCGUCGUACGCUAUGAAGGCCCGAAAGGAGGUCCUGGAAUGCCUGAACAGCUCAAAGCUUCAGCAGCGAUCAUGGGUGCUGGUUUGAAAAACAUAUCACUCAUCACCGAUGGACGAUAUUCUGGUGCAUCUCAUGGAUUCAUUGUUGGCCACAUCAGUCCUGAAGCUGCGGUAGGAGGGCCGAUUGCCGUUGUGCAGGAUGGCGAUAUUAUCACAAUUGAUGCCGACAAGAACCGGAUCGACUUUGAUGUCAGUGAGGAGGAGAUAAAGAGACGACUCGCGGAGUGGAAACCCCCCAAGAUGCCGGUUACAAGAGGCGUGCUGGCGAAAUAUGCGAGGUUGGUAGGUGAUGCAAGUCAAGGGGCUAUGACGGAUCUGUUCUAGAUGUUGCUGUAUGUUUUGCAAAAUGGAAGAAUGUUCACACUCAGCCGCUCGGCACUGGAAACUUGCAGGACGAGGAGUAUACACGGGACCAGAUGGUCUUUCUGUCUUGACUUGCGAAGCGGCGCUUUUCGCGAUACGGCUUCUGAAUGCGUCCGGUAAAGAAAGAAGUGAUGCAUCGAUGCAACGCAAUAUUCGACAAAGCAACUUUCUUUGUCUCGACACUCAGAAUGGUCAGAAUGUCUUCGCAAAAUGCGAGAUGACAAGCCACUGUCCCGCCAAUUGUGAAGAGCUGAGCGACAUAUUUACGAUG